GAAGAGGAUUCGUGCGGGUUGGCUGGUCUGGAGAUGGCCUGUAAUUAUUGAUAUUUUCUUAAUGAAGUUGAACCUCAUGACAGCGUCGGCGGCGAUGUUGAUCCUGGUACGGUCCUGCGUAGUGGUGGCACAGGCACAGUGUCAACUGCACCGUCGUUAAAAGGCCGUGGGAUUCAUUGAGGAUCCCAGUAAAUACAAGUCCCCCCCUGAUUCCUGCCAAUUCCGUUUGGCGCUCGGCGAAGAGAAAAGAAGAGAGUUUACAGACAGUACAGUGUCUCGAGAUCGACAUACGUAAAGCCGUGCAACCGUUUCCAUUCAGAGUGCAAAGUAUGCUGGAGCAGUUCGUGGAACAGCUGUCAAUUCGUAGUAGUGAUUUUAGCCGGCCCUCCUAGGAACACGAUCAACGUAUCUUUUUAAUUCAUUACUUUAUCUCACUUCGUUCGACUCCUUCCACAUCGCCGAGGACGUGAACCUACGGCCCUCAAAGACACGACAUUCGGAAACGGCCCAACAACACCCGGGGGGGAAGGGGGCAAAUCGCACAAAAAUAUAUUUUAUAAUUGGAAUAUUAGUAAUUUCUAAAGAGGUAAAAAAUGUCUACAAGUGGGAUACCUGAACUUUUACAAUAUUCAGGAAAAUCGUGGAAAGAGUGGACACCCCUAGUAACAAAAAACAUUUCCAUUACAACAAAACCUAGUGCAUUGGAGUAUAAAACAAUACCUUUACUACCUCGGCGAGACUUUCCUCUGUAUGGGGAGUUUCCUAAGUUAGAUAAUAAAGUUUUAAUAGAGUGUGAAAAGUGUGGUACAGUUUUAUUACCAUGUGUGUAUCCCAAGCAUUGUAAUAAUCCUAACCAUGAUAAACUGAUAGUGCAAGCAAAUCAAGUACAAACGAAAGGAUCUUCAACCAGCAAGAGUGGCAGGCCCAAUUUUAUACCACCGGGCACGAGCCUGUUAAAAAAGAAAUACCAGCCAGCAAAGAACAAGAAAAGAACUGGGCUUCCUCCAUCUGUGCCUCCACCUCCACUCUUUGCGAAGGCAGCUACUACACCGCCCACCAGGAUACCAGCAGCAGAGCCACUUAUUCCCCCAAUUAUUGUUGCCAAACCAGUGUCUCCCAAAAGUUCCUCAUCUCAUACCGCCCCCUCGUCCUCUUCCUCGAAGCAUAAAAGGAGUAAAAAAAGUGGGAGGAAAACCAAAGAGGACGAGAAGAUCGAUAAGACUGCGAAAUCGACUGCUGAACUUAAGAGCGCGAAAGUAAACCAUACAAAUCAUUGGCAGUCCAGUAAAUCGAAAGAGUAUAAAUUGGUGAUCGACCUACAAGCCACCGUCAAUAGGAAAGAAACGUCAAUUCAAUCAAUUUUGGAUGCUGGAAGCAUCGCUAAACGGCCGAGCAAAAAGAGUACUCGCACCUUCGUUGAGAGAUUGGAUAAGACGAGAGAAGACAGCCAUAGACUUAUUUUAGAAUUGACCGAGCGUCAAACUCAAAUAUUUCAAGAGCAUAAUUACUGCGCGAGAGAAGUUGUCUACUCUUGCCCAUGUGGACAAUCAUGUGCAUCGGAGGAGGCCAAACCACCAACACCACCACCACCACCAACACCACCACCAAUACCAUCACCAUCACCACCCCCCAACUUGAACAUCCCGAGCACUUCAACUGCGACAGUUGAGAAACUUGCGCCAUCGCCGCACCAAAGUGCUUCAAAUAUUAAAGUAGAUAUAUUGAAGCCUUCGACAGCAGCUAUCUCACCAUUGACUGCCACGAAACCUCAGAGAAAUGCGGUUCCUCCGACUGUGCUUCACAUGCCCAUGAGUCCAACGACACCAGGAGUUCGAAAUGUACCACCAAAAUUGCCUGUUUUGAGGCUCGCAAAAGAAGGUGGAGACGCCGCAGCAAAACCACAGCAACGAAAGUGCUACGCAUACGGACAAGAAGUCUUUGACGAAGAAUUCUUUAACAAUCAAGAUAAACGACGUUCCGCUGCUUUUGUCAAGAAAAUACCGUCGUUCGGAGAUAGGACGCCCGUUUACACGUCUCAUCCGAAACCUUUAAGCAUGAUCACAAGGACAGCCAGGAAAGUGGGUACUACGUUCAUGUUGCAUCAUAAGCAUCUUUACCAUCAGCGCAACGAGAUCUUAGGAAUCGCUCGACAAAAUCUCCCUGAUUCACCCACCAGCCAGCUCCCAAACCAACCAUCAAAAUCCGGCGCGCAGAAGAACACCUCCAACAAAAGUCAAAGUUCAACGGUCAAAGUUUCGGUGAAGCGGUCGCCUAGUGAAAGACUAACCAACGAAAGUAAACACAUUCGAUUAAACGAUGUUAAUGGAUACAUCUUACAUGCAGAUGUCAGCGAAUCAUCAGAAUCUGCGACCACCUCGACCAGCCAACUUCAUAACAACGCAGUCGUCAUACAUGAUCAAGUCACGAUUGUGAACAUGAAGUAAGUUCACUUAGUCUGCGAACAGUGGACAUCUAACAGACUCUAGUUUAACAUUCAAACUUGCUAUCUUCGAUUAUCCACAAUGAACAUUACGAAAUGUUAUUAAAUUACUUAUUUGGAAAGUACUAUUCGCAAAAUUAUCUUUGCAUUUAUAUAUAAAUAUGUAGAUAUGUAAUUGGACAUAAAAGAAUGUAU